UGAAAGACAAAACGUAUGAAGAUGAUAUUACGCCGUAUCAUGGUGACGAACAGAGAGAAAGGCCGUGACACAACAUACAUGAGCGCAGGAGAAUGUCACAUACUACAGGUCAUACUGAAAAGGGAGGAAGGCUUUAAAAAUUGGACUUGGCAAAAAAAUAUUGUUUGCCUAAAUGUUUCCCGUCACGCCUCAGUAGUCAAUAUAAAGAGGGUUUUAUAGGACGUCGCUAUCAGACUCCACCGCGGCUACUCUGAAAGUGAGAGGAAAACAAGACAUAGAAAAAUGAAGAUCCUUCUGUUCUUGUGUAUCGGGGCAUCUCUUGUGCACUUGGGGGUCCAGGAAUAUUCCUAUCUGACACUUACAGCCCCCAAACAUUUGCCUCGACAGAAUUCCAAUGACUAUGUGUUUUUGAGCCUUGCAUUUAAUCUUGGGUCUCUUGACUCCAUAUAUGAAGAUUUGGAGAAUCCUGCUGGCACGUUUCAUUCUGCUGAUGGAGUCGCCAUUUUCCUAACUGAUAAUCGGAGUCCCAUGAAUAAAAAUGCUAAGGUGAUGGCUGCAGAUUUUGAAAAUCCAACUGAGGCCAAAGCCCAACUCAACAAAUAUGUUACUGACAACACAAGUGGAAAAAUCAAAAAUGUAUUCCGUAGCUUUGAAAAAAAUACAGAUGCUGUUGUCAUCAGUUACGUAGACAAAUGGAAAGUUCCAGUCAGUGAAGGUCGGAAAUUCACUCUUCAGCUGACCGGAGAAUACAAUGUUAUGGUGAAUAAAGAGCUGGGUUUCACUAUGAUAGAGAUUCCAAAGAACCAGUAUGUAUCUGCACUGUACACUAUACCGGAUGUGGGGAAGGAAGAAGCAGUGGGGGCAGUUAUCAGUGACGAUAACCUGGCGUUGUGGAGAAAGUCAAUGACCAAACAGUUGAUAAAUCUCGAGGUGCCUCGAGCUACUCUGUACGGCUGUGCUGCGCUGACCACUGAACUAGUUAUCACCGAUGAUUUUGAAUACAAUAGAAGCAAGUACACAGCAAGAAUAUCAGCAACAUUCCCAUAAAGUGUGGAAACAAAGACGAGAGCUGAUGAGCCUCCGACAGCCAAUCACAUGCUUGAAAUUAGUCCCGUUUAGAAGAGAAAUACAAUGUUUCCCAUUAAAAACAAAAAUGCUUUUCUCUACUACAAAAAUAAAGCUGCAGACGUAAA